UUUCAGUCCUGUACUUUGAACAACAUUUCCUUGAAGUCACAGUGCGGACGGGGACUUGAACCAUUACCAGGCUAUUUCUACCACCGAAAGAGGAACAUGGCUGAUGGAGACCGGCGGAGUGGCGGGGACACUGUGGACGCACUGUCAUUUUUUGCAAAGAGGUCAAAUGCAGAGGAGAUGGACAGCAUCAGUAAGACAGCAGGCUCUGACCCGUACCUCUACAAGAUGGACUAUCCCUGCAUCGGGACCUGUCUGAUCAUCAACAAUAAGAACUUCCACAGUAGCACAACCAUGAGCGCUCGGAACGGGACGGAUGUGGAUGCCGCCGAUGCCAUGAAGACCUUCACCAAGCUGGGUUAUAACGUCACCGUGGCCAACGAUCGGACCGGGGAUCAGAUGAAACAACUGUUGUGCAGUGUAUCCAAGGAGGACCACAGUGACAGUGCGUCGUUUGUGUGUGUGCUGCUGAGUCACGGAAAAGAGGGUGUGAUAUAUGGCACCGACGGCUUUGAAAAGCUGGAGGACCUGACGAAGUGCUUCAAAGGAGAUCGCUGUAGGAGUCUGGUGGGGAAACCCAAGCUCUUCUUCAUCCAGGCGUGCCGUGGGUCAGACCUGGAUGACGGAUCCCUCAUUGAAACCGACAGUGUCGACGCGCAGACGUCGGAGAGGAUUCCCGUGGAGGCCGACUUCCUGUACGCCUAUUCCACUGCUCCAGGCUACUACUCGUGGAGGAACACCCAGAACGGCUCGUGGUUCAUGCAGUCGCUGUGUGAGAUGCUGCAGCGUUUCGCCGGAGAGCUGGAGCUGAUGCAGAUCAUGACACGAGUCAACCGCAAGGUGGCGCUACACUUUGAGUCCACCUCCAACCUGCCCGGAUACAGUGGCAAGAAGCAGAUCCCCUGUAUCGUCUCCAUGCUGACCAAAGACUUCUACUUUCCUCAACAUUAAGGUCUGACCUGUGGGGGACUGUACUGGUGUCGCUCAUUCAAUUUGUAUCUAUUUCCCCAUCACAGGUGUCUGAUUUCUACUUCCUUCGGCCAAAACCACUCGUACUGCAGUGCGUUGCAUAGUUCAUGUCAAACAGGACAGCAUUGGUUUUAUUGUGACUCCAAGGAGAACCCACAUGCAUUGUCAACAUUUGAUUUGUUAGUGUGUUGCAUGAUAGACAGUUGAAUACUUUUCACUCAGCCCGCUCCAGUGACCACACACAUAAACACAAGCAAAGCAUUUUUACUACGUAUACAUAAUACAGUCAAUAUGUAUAUUCACAGGUUUAACAAUGGGCUUACCGCGUGCAGUGCGUCUGCCUUUUCAACAGUUUCUGAAUGCAUUAAAUGCACAAAGUAUGAUCAAAUAUCAGGCCAUCGCAUGAAACUAUGUCACUGUCCCUUUAAAAAUGGAGCAUCGCUCGUGUAGCCGUGAUGAAACUGAGCCGAGCGACACCAACAAUCAUAAGGCUCAUAAUAAAUACUCUCAAUGUGAGUACUGGAGUAGAGUGCGCAUUUCCUUUUCAGGUGGUCACAAAUGGACUGUAGGUGUGGUAGUUUUUGAUUGGUGUACUACCUAAACAUAUACUAUAUACUGUGCUCAACCUCCGGGGAUGUUUGUGUACCUUUCACUGGGAAUGGCGAAGGUGAAUAUAAUUGCAGACAAAAGUUAUUGUCGAGAAUAAAAACAAUGAAGCAAAGAUUA